AUGUCUGAAGAAGGAGAUUUCGACUUCGGCGACAAUGUCGACAGAGCCACAUUUGAGCAGAUUCUUGACAUGGACGAAGAGGAUGCGCGCGAAUUCAGCAAGUCAAUAGUAUUUGGGUUUCUUGAACAGGCAGAACAGACGUUUGUCAAGAUGGAUGCCGCCAUGGAAGAGAAAAACCUCGAGGAGCUCUCAAGUCUGGGCCAUUUCCUGAAAGGUUCCUCCGCCACGCUUGGCUUCACCAAGGUCAAGGACGAAUGCGAAAAGAUCCAACAUUAUGGGCACAAGAAGAACGAGACGGGCGAGUCCGACGAGCCAGACGAGGAGAAGUGUCUCCGACUGAUCGGCGAGAGUAUUAAGGAAGCUAAGCAGGCCUAUGAAGUCGUUAGCAACCUUAUGAACCGAUUCUACGCCGAAACGUAG